AUGCGCUUGACGAGGCCGUUGCUAAGAACUCUAAGUCAGAAAUUUGUGGAUAAAUUGAAUUAUUAUGGAUAUUUUCAUCCGCAGCCGAUCUCCCUGCAAGCUUACAUGGAUUUUGGUCGAGAAGGAACUGUAACAACAUCUUACAAAUUCCUGCAGAAGGAACUUCUUGUUCGACUGGCCAAUAUCAUGAAAGUAAAGUUGAAUCUUUGUCGCUCUGAGAAGUAUACAUUCUUAAGGUUGAGGAUAAUUCGAUAUUCCGUUAUUUGGAUUUUAAAUAAAAUAGUAGAAGAGGGACUGCACUAAGU